AUGCCCCCUCCUAUCCCCUAUGCCCCCUCCUAUCCCCUAUGCCCCCUCGUAUCCCCUAUGCCCCCUCCUGUCCCCUAUGCCCCCUCCUAUCCCCUAUGCCCCCUCCUAUCCCCUAUGCCCCCUCCUAUCCCCUAUGCCCCCUCCAUCCCCCCCAUGCUUCCAUCCCCCACCACCCAGCAGGUGUACGUAUGGGUGGGCUCAAAACCACAUCCCCAUGGCAACGUCUUUUCACACGCCUCAAGAGCCCUCGUGCUCCCACUCACUCACCCAUACACCCAGCCCCCAUGCUCCCAUGCCCCCAUCCCCCAGCAGGUGUACGUGUGGGUGGGACUCAACACCGCAUCCCAUGGCACAUCUCUUGAGACUUCUCAAGUGCCCUCGUGGCAGGUGUACGUGUGGGUGGGACUCAACACCGCAUCCCAUGGCAACGUGUACACCGCAAUCCCCACCAGAUUCGACCCCAUGCCGCUCGUCACGCCUCUGAUUGGUGGAGGUGCGGAGGGUGCUUCUGCAACCAUGGCGGCCAGAUUAAGCAAGCGGUUGGGAUGUGCAGUUAUCUUGGCUUCCAACAUCCCACCCAAUGCACCCAUGACAGAGGUAAGUGAUCAUGGUGGAAUAGUUGGCAACAGCAGAGCGAUUGCUGAUUAA